AUGUCCCUCCAAACACCCCGCGUCCUCCCCGCCCACCUCCACGCCUUCCACCCCUCCAACGCCAACCCCCACGUCACAAACACCGUUCGUCUACUGGGCACAGUAACAGCGCUCCGCGGCGACACGGCGACCAUCACGUGCGGAGAUAACGGAGACGUGACGCUGAUCUUGAAGCCCGAUUCGCAUCUGCAGAUGGGGAAGCUGGUCGAGGUUGUUGGCAAGGUGACUGAUGUUGAGGGGCAGGGCCUUGGGGUGAGGGUGUUGGGCAGCUUUGAUUGGGGAAAUCCCUCUGAUUGCGAUUAUAAAAUCUAUGAGAAUGUGGUCAAUGCGACACAUCGGUUCAAGUCGCUUUUCUAUGAGGCGGCUGAAUAA